AUGUCCACCACAUCGCCGCGGAAACAAUCGGCCACCUCGUGGGCGAGGAAAGUAGCCCUCGGGACCUAUCAGGAUCCGUACAACAAGCCUGAGCACGAGCACACCUUGAAAGGUCGCGAGCUCUACUUGUUCGUCAUUUUCUACACCGUUUGCGUGGGUUUGAUCGUGUUGAUGUUCGAAUUGUGUAUGCCCGUUUUGUUCAACCCGAAUUACCCCUAUCCACCGGAUGAAUCACCGCCAAAG